GCGUGUGCACAGAGCCACCGAUUUCAUUUCUUUCCGAACACAGAGAGAUUAAAUCCCAGUGGUUAUGAAACGAUGCUUACAAGAGCUUCAGAACGGCUGCAAGUGACUUGUUGGGAUUUCCAGUCAAAUAGCUCUCCUACAAAAACACACUUCUAGUUACAGCAGUCUAUCCAGGUUGCCUUUUCAGAGCCCUUUCCAGCUCAAAACCUGCACUGAGUUGCACAUUCAAACACUGUGACUUGUAACCAGAUUGUGGUCUUCUUUUGCGACAGCAAAGAGUCAAAGACCAAUUGCUGGACAGUGCAUGAGUCUAUGUUUUCAUACGUCUAUAGUGGGUAGCUCCAUCUUUCCUAUGCGUGCACCGUAGACUUCCGGGGACCUAUUCAGGAAGCGCGCGCUGUUCACGGGGCUUGCAUCUGCGCAGCUCACCUGUGUUCCUGGGCGCCCUGGCUGCGGCUGCCUCUGGGUCUCCUCUCUGCUCUUCGGUGGCCUGAACAGGGCUGAGCGGGAGGUGGUCGCGGUUUUUCGGCAGCUCGCCCAAGAUGGCGGCGGUGCUGCAGCAGGUCCUGGAGCGGACCGAAAUCGCCAAGUUGCCCAAAGCCGUGCAGGGGAAGCUGGAGCGGUUCUUGGCUGAUCAGCAGAGCGAGAUCGACGGGCUCCGCUCCAGACAUGAGCGGUAUAAGGUGGACAGCGAGCAACAAUACUUCGAAGUUGAAAAACGACUGGCUCAGAGUCAGGAGAGACUUGUAAAUGAGACUCAGGAAUGUCAGAAUCUCCGUCAGGAACUAACCAAGCUUAAUGAGCAGCUGAAGUCACUGACGGACAAAAACAAAGAACUGGAAACUGCUCAGGAUCAUAAUGCAGCUAUACAGAGUCAGCUUACUAGAGCAAAAGAAGAAUUGGAAGCAGAAAAGAGAGAUUUGGUCCGAACAAGUGAAAGAAGAGCUCAAGAGCUUGAGUACUUGAAUGAUGAUGUUAAGCGUCUAAAUGAGAAACUUGUAGAAACAAACAAUGCAAAGAUAGAGCUACAGUUGAAACUGGACGAACUUCAAACGUCGGCCUUCUCUGUAAAGUAUCGUGAGCAAAGGUGGGAGCAAGAAAAGGAAUUGUUACAAAACCAGAACACUUGGCUGAAUAAAGAACUGAAGGCAAAAACAGAUGAACUCCUAGUUCUUGCCAGGGACAAAGGGAAUGAAAUGUUGGAACUUAAAUGUAACCUGGAGAACAAGAAAGAGGAGGUCUCCAGACUGGAGGAACAAGUCAGUGGACUAAAACAAUCCAAUGAAAAUCUACAGAAACAUGUGGAAGAUCUCUUAGGGAAACUGAAGGAGGCAAAAGAGCAGCAAUCCAGUAUGGAGGAGAGAUUCCACAACGAGCUAAAUGCCCAUAUAAAGUUAUCUAAUUUAUACAAGAGUGCUGCUGAUGACCUGGAGACAAAGAGCAAUGAGCUGACACAAGCUGUUGAGGAGCUGCACAAACUUCUGAAAGAAGCAGGUGAAGCUAACAAAGCGACACGGGAUCGUUUGGCUGAGGUGGAACAAUUGAAGGCCGCAAUGGAAAAAGAACUGAAAGAAACGAUUAGCAAGCUGGAAAAAGAGCUGGACAAUGCAAACGAUUUGGUUUCUGCCACCAAACGUAAAGGGGCCAUCCUUUCAGAGGAGGAGCUGGCAGCGAUGUCUCCUACAGCUGCAGCAGUAGCUAAGGUGGUAAAGCCUGGCAUGAAAUUAACGGAGCUUUACAAUGCAUAUGUAGAAGCUCAGGAUCAGCUGCUGCUUGAAAAGCUAGAGAAUAAGAGAAUUAAUAAGUACUUGGAUGAAAUAGUGCAAGAAGUAGAAGCCAAAGCACCUAUUUUGAAGCGCCAGCGUGAAGAAUAUGAACGCUCACAAAAGGCUGUCGCAAGUCUUUCUGCUAAACUUGAGCAAGCUAUGAAAGAAAUUCACCGCUUGCAAGAAGAUGCUGAUAAAGCAAACAAGCGAGCUUCUGUGCUAGAAAGAGAGCAUCAGAGGCUUGAAAUCCAAGUUAAGGAUCUUUCUCAGCAGAUAAGAGUGCUUUUGAUGGAACUUGAAGAAGCCAGAGGCAAUCAUGUCAUUCGUGAUGAAGAAGUGAGCUCUGCUGACAUCAGCAGCUCUUCUGAAGUAAUAAGCCAGCACCUAGUCUCCUACAGAAACAUUGAAGAACUUCAGCAGCAAAAUCAGCGCCUCUUGGUAGCUCUUCGAGAGUUGGGUGAAGCUAAAGAGAAAGAAGAGCAAGAAGCCACCUCCUUAAAGAUUUCUGGACUACAGAAGCAACUUGAUGAAGCGAUCAAUGAGCUAGAUAAGUUGCGUGAAGCAAGGCAGCACCAGAUGCAGCUUGUGGACUCCAUUGUUCGUCAGCGUGACAUGUACCGCAUCUUGCUGGCACAGACCACUGGAGUUACCAUUCCAUUACAAGUCACAAGCAUCAUGCCAGAGGAAGUGUCUUUGACGUCAACCCCUAAGCGCAUGUCAGGUACACCUCAGGCCAUGUCAACACCAGCUUCUGUAGCAGUGACUGAGUCGGUUGAAGCAGUGGAGGCAAAGGCUGCUCUUAAGCAGUUGCAGGACGUAUUUGAGAACUACAAGAAAGAAAAAGCAGAGAAUGACAAACUGCUUAAUGAGCAAAAUGAGAAGCUUCAAGAACAGGUUACAGACCUGAGGUCACAGAAUACAAAGAUUUCUACUCAACUCGAAUUUGCCUCUAAACGUUAUGAAAUGCUACAGGAUAAUGUUGAUGGAUAUCGGCGAGAAAUAACCUCAUUGCAUGAAAGAAUCCAGAAGCUCACAGCAACCACUCAAAAACAAGAACAGAUCAUCAAUACCCUGACUCAAGAGCUAAGAGGAGCCAAUGAAAAGCUAGCUGUGGCCGAGGUGAGAGCAGAAAAUUUGAAAAAAGAAAAGGAUAUUUUUAAAAUGGCAGAAGUUCGUCUGACUCAGCAAAAGGAAUCAUUAGUAGCGGAACAAAGGGGACAGAAUCUGCUACUUACUAACCUCCAGUCUAUUCAGGUGAUAUUGGAAAGGUCUGAGACAGAAACUAAACAUAGGCUCAAUAACCAAAUUGAGAGAGCAGAGCGUGAAAUAGCCCAGUUGAAGAAAAAACUGGAAAAUGAGGUGGAACAAAGGCAUGCACUGUCCAAAAAUCAGGAUAUUCAUUUAUUGGAUACUAAAAGACAACUUGAGACUGAAAUGAGUCUUCAUGUUAAUACAAAAGAACUUCUAAAGAAUGCCCAAAAGGAGACUGCAGCAUUGAAACAGCAGCUUCAUAACAUGGAGGCUCAGUUAGCCUCCCAGUCAUUGCAGCGAGCUCCUGGCCAAGGCCAGCCAAGCACAAGUGAGGAUGUGGAUGAUCUUGUAAGCCGACUGAGACAGUAUGAAGAGCAAGUUAUUGAUUUGAAGGAAAGGCUGAAGACCACCACAAGUAAUGUGGAGCAGUACCGUGCUAUGGUUGUGAGCCUUGAAGAAUCCCUUAACAAAGAAAAACAGGUGACCGAGGAAGUUCGUGUAGCUGUUGAAGCCCGCUUAAAGGAGUCUACUGAAUACCAGUCCCAGCUUGAAAAGAAACUGAUGGAGGCUGAGAAGGAAAAACAGGAGCUUCAGGAUGAGAAACGUAAAGUUGUAGAGAACAUGGAACAACAGCUUUCUGAGCUGAAGCAAAGCCUUUCCAGUAUGAAGUCUGAAGUCCAGGAAGCUCUUCAGAGAGCAAGUGUAGCUCUUACUAAUGAGCAGCAAGCCAAACGGGACUGUCAAGAACAAGCUAAGAUCGCUGCAGAAGCACAAAAUAAAUAUGAACGAGAGCUGAUGCUUCAUGCUUCUGAUGUGGAAGCCUUACAGGCUGCCAAAGAUCAAGUUGCUAAAAACUCCGCAGUAAAGCAGCAAUUGGAAGAAACAGCCCAGAAAGCAGAAUCUGCAUUGCGAGAGAGCAAAGCCUCAUGGGAGGAGCGAGAGAGGAUGUUAAAGGAUGAAACCUCUAAGCUUGCGUCUCGCUGUGAAGACUUAGAAAAACAAAACCGGCUGUUGCUUGAGCAGCUGGAAACUCUAAGUGACAAGAUGAUGUCUGCAAUGAAGGAAGGAACACCAAGUGCAUUAAAUGUGUCUCUCAAUGAGGAAGGAAAAUCACAAGAGCAAAUAAUGGAGAUUCUCAGGUUUAUACGCCGAGAGAAGGAGAUUGCAGAAACUAGGUUUGAGGUAGCUCAGGUAGAGAGCUUACGCUACCGUCAGAGAGUGGAGCAUUUGGAAAGGGAGCUUCAAGAGCUUCAGGAGAGUUUGAAUGCAGAGAGAGAGAAGGUUCAGGUAACAGCAAAAACAAUUGCACAGCAUGAAGAGCUAAUGAAGAAGACUGAGACCAUGAAUGUGUUGAUAGAAACCAACAAGAUGCUGAGGGAAGAGAAAGAGAGGCUGGAACAGGAGCUGCAACAAAUGCAAGCAAAGGUGCGUAAGCUGGAAGCAGAUAUCUUGCCUUUGCAAGAGUCUAACGCUGAGCUCAGUGAGAAGAGUGGGAUGCUCCAGGCAGAGAAAAAGCUGUUGGAAGAGGAUGUCAAGCGCUGGAAGGCCCGGACUCAGCAUUUAUUGAGCCAACAAAAAGAUACAGAUGUUGAAGAAUAUCGGAAGCUUCUUUCAGAGAAGGAAGUGAACACCAAACGUAUACAGCAGAUGAGUGAAGAAAUAGGCAGACUUAAAGCAGAAAAUGCAAGGUCAAAUGCAUCGCUGACUACAAGCCAGAAUCUGGUCCAGACACUCCGAGAAGACCUUACAAAAAUAAAAGCUGAGAAGGAAGGACUUCAGAAAGAGUUAGACGUGAAAGUUGCUGACAUCCAAGAUAAAGUUAGAACCAUAACACAAGUCAAGAAAAUUGGACGCAGAUACAAGACUCAGUAUGAAGAGCUGAAAGCACAGCAUGACAAGGUGGUUGCGGAGGCAUCAACUCGAUCUUCUGUGGAAGAACAAGAGCAGCGUGCUUCAGACAAGGACGUUCAAGAGGCGAAGGAGGCUCUGUCCCAAGCUGAGGCAAAGAUAAAAACCCUAGAAGGACAGAUUGAAAAUUUACAAAAGACUCUAGGAGAGAAGGAAACUGAAAUAAAAAAUCUUCAGGAACAGGUAGCCCAGCUGCAGUCAGAGGUUUCUCGCCUCCAUCAAGAUUUGCAGGAAAAAACAGCACAGGAAGAACAACUCAGGCAGCAGGUUGCUGAAAAGGAGGAAAAGACUAAGAAGACCCUUCUGGCUGCUAAGCAGAGGAUUGCACAGUUAGCAGGGACAAAAGAACAACUCACUAAAGAAAAUGAGGAGUGGAAACAGAAGAGCAGUGCACUGGAAGAGCAGAAGACUGAGUUAGAAGUGCGGAUGAGUGCACUUAAAUCUCAGUACGAAGGCCGUAUUUGCCGCCUUGAGAGAGAGCUUCGAGAGCAGCAAGAGAGGCACCAUGAACAGCGAGAUGAGCCUCCAGAAUCUACCAAUAAGGCUCCAGAACAGCAGAGACAGAUCACCCUUAAAUCAACUCCUGCUGCAGGUGACAGAGGAAUUGCUAGUACUUCAGAUCCGCCAACUGCCAACAUCAAACCGACGCCUGUUGUGUCUACCCCAAGCAAAGUGACAGCUGCUGCAAUAGCUGGGAACAAAUCUACUCCAAGAGCCAGUAUCCGUCCAAUGGUCACUCCUGCUACAGUAACAAAUCCUACAACUACGCCAACAGCCACAGUCAUGCCAACAACACAGGUGGAAACUCAGGAAGCCAUGCAGUCAGAAGGACCAGUUGAACAUGUUCCAGUCUUUGGAAGCACGAGUGGAUCUGUGCGCUCCACAAGCCCCAAUGUUCAGACAUCUCUCUCCCAGCCCAUCUUGACUGUACAGCAGCAAACUCAAGCUACAGCUUUUGUACAGCCCACUCAACAGAGCCAUCCUCAGAUAGAACCAGCUGCUCAAGAACCCUCCCCAACUAUUUUGGAGGUUGUACAGAGCUCACAGCCUGAAAGACCUUCUACAUCAACAGCGGUUUUUGGCACAGUUUCAGCAACACCAAGUUCGUCUUUACCCAAACGUCCACGGGAGGAAGAAGAUGAUAGCACAGUAGAAAAUUCAGAACAAAUUCCAGAAGAAAUGGUUGAUAUGCCUGUUACAAAGAAAAUGAGAAGUGUGCAGAGAGUUGGACCAGAGGAGGAGGUAACUGCAGAAGAGAGCACAGAUGGAGAACUAGAAGCUCAAACUUGCAAUCAGGAUUCACAGGAUUCUAUUGGAGAAGGUGUUACACAGGGGGAAUAUACUCCCAUGGAAGAUAGUGAAGAAACUUCUCAGUCCCUCCCAAUCGAUCUGGGACAUCUUCAGUCAUCAGAUCAACAGAACACAUCAUCCUCCCAGGAUGGUCAGGGCAAGAGAGAUGAUGUCAUCGUCAUUGACAGUGAUGAUGAAGAGGAGGAAGAGGAGGAAAAUGACGGAGAACCAGAAUAUGAAGAUGAGGAAGAGGAUGAUGAAGAUGACGAUGAUGAAGACACAGGAAUGGGUGAUGAAGGUGAAGAUAGUAAUGAGGGCACUGGGAGUGUUGAUGGUAAUGACGCAUAUGAAGCAGACGAUGCUGAGGGUGCUGAUGGAAUGGAUCCUGGUACAGAAACAGAAGAGAGCAAUGUUGGGGGUGAAAGCAGCCAGAGAGCAGCUGACUCUCAAAACUGUGGUGAAGGGAGUGCAGGUGCAGCAGAGUCUACCUUCUCUCAGGAAAGCCCUAGAGAGCAGCAGCCAACAUCUGCUUCAGAGAGACAGACACCACGUCCACCUCGACCCCAUCCAUUACCGCCACGACUCACUAUUCACGCUGUUCCUGCUCCACCACAGGAACUGGGACCACCAGUACAGAGAAUUCAAAUGACGCGACGGCAGUCAGUGGGCCGUGGCCUUCAGCUAACCCCUGGCAUAGGUGGCAUGCAGCACUUUUUUGAUGAUGAGGACAGGACAGUGCCUAGCACUCCGACAUUGGUGGUACCCCAUCGUACAGAUGGAUUUGCAGAAGCAAUUCACUCCCCUCAGGUUGCUGGAGUUCCUAGAUUCAGGUUUGGGCCUCCUGAAGACAUGCCACAGACCAGUUCCAGCCACUCGGAUCUUGGCCAGCUUGCAUCGCAAGGAGGAUUGGGAAUGUAUGAAACUCCGCUCUUCCUUGCUCAUGAAGAGGAAUCAGGAGGCCGUAGUGUUCCAACAACUCCGCUUCAGGUUGCAGCACCUGUAUCUGUGUUUACUGAAAGCACCACUGCUGAUGCUUCAGAACAUGCUUCUCAGUCUGUCCCAAUGGUUACAACAUCUACUGGUAACUUAUCAACCACUUCAGAAUCUGGAACAGGUGAUGAUGGUGAUGAGGUAUUUGUGGAGGCAGAAUCGGAAGGAAUUUCUUCAGAGGUUGGUCUAGAAAUUGAUAGCCAGCAGGAAGAAGAGACCUCUCAAACUCCUGAUGAGUCAGACCUUCCUUCUACCAGUCAAGAUCCUCCUUCUAGCUCAUCUGCAGUUAGAAGAUGUUCAUGUUUUCUUCACUGCCACUUUUGUGUGCACGCUUAUUCGUUGAAGAGAGGGAUUCACUGUGAACUGCUCAGUAUAGGGAGGGAGAAGGACAUUCACCUGAUCCAAGAGAUGGAAAUCAAGGGGGCCCAGAUAGAUCUUUGGAGUCUAAAAGGUCUAAACACCAGGACACAAGCAGUAAUCACCCCAAGCCUUUCCGUCGGGUCAGGCUUCAGCCACCAACCUUAAGAACUGGAGUCCGCGGCCGUCAGUUUAACAGACAGAGGGGUGUAACUCAUGCAAUGGGAGGCAGAGGAGGCUUAAAUAGAGGAAAUAUUAAUUAAGUUAUGUAAAUUUUUGCAAACGGUGUAUACUGUUCAGUCUGCUUUUAUUCUGUAUUAGUGUAAUGGCUGUCAAGUUUAGAACAAGUUUUUUUUUAGAUUUGGAUUGAUGUAUGAACACUUCAUUGUCUUUUAUUAAUAAAACUAGAGAAAUUGUCAAAGAUAAUAGCA